AUGGCUCAAGAGAAGAUGAUAUCUCCAGAGAAGAACGAGGUCGCCAUGCUCGAGCGAGCUCAGACCCACGACUCAGAGAUGCUGAAAUCGGUCCCCAGGGUAGAAAGAGUCGAUCAAUUUGGUGCGCACAAGAAGACGGAUCCGCGAGAAAUCGCGCUCGUAAAGAAGCUCGACCGAUGGAUCAUGCCCAUGCUCUGGUCCAUGUACUGGCUGAACUACCUCGACAGGAAUGCCAUUGCCCUCGCCCGUCUCGAUGAUCUGGAAGAACAGCUCAACCUCAGCAGCUCGCAGUACUCAACCUGUGUCUCUAUUCUGUUCGUUGGUUACCUCCUCGGCCAAAUCCCGAGUAACAUGCUGCUGAACCGGACGCGACCGAGUCGCUACAUGGGCGUCUGCAUGAUGCUUUGGGCCGUCGUCUCCGCCGUUACCGCCCUGGCUACCAACUUCACCGGCCUCCUACUCACUCGCUUCUUCCUCGGCAUCACCGAGGCGCCAUACUACCCAGGCGCCGUCUACCUACUCUCCAUGUUCUACACGCGCAAAGAAGUCGCAACACGCAUUGCCAUUCUCUACACCGGCAACAUUCUCGCCACUGCCUUUGCAGGCCUGAUUGCCGCAGGUAUCUUCCACGGCCUCGGCGGCGUGGCGGGGAUCUCGGGGUGGCAGUGGUUGUUCAUCCUCCAGGGUAUCGUCACCUUUUUGAUUGCCAUCGUGGGCUUCUUCCUGCUGCCCGAUUUCCCACAUAAUACAUGGUGGUUGACCCAGCCGGAGCGUGACUUGGCCGUCUCCCGUAUGGCGAUGGAUACGGUGGGGAAUAAGGGCGACACGACGGUUUGGGCGGGUUUUAAACAGGCAGCUAAGGAUCCUAUGGUUUGGAUUUUCGCGGGCAUGGCUCAUAUGCAUUUAGCUGCCAACGGGUUCAAAAACUUCUUCCCCACCGUCGUCCAAACCCUCGGCUUCAACCGCACCAUCACCCUCGUCCUCACCUGCCCCCCCUACCUCAUCGCCGGCGUAGUCACCAUCCUCGUCUCCUGGUCGUCCGGCCACUUCAACGAGCGCACCUGGCACAUUACCAUUUCCAAGGCGGUCGCCACCUUUGGCUUUGGCCUCGCGUGCGCCGAGAUUGGCAUUGCGGGCCGGUAUGUGGCCAUGGUCAUCUUCACGAUUGGGACGUAUGGGGUGAAUUCGCUGAUUUUGGGGUGGUGUGGGAGUACGUGUGGGCAGACGCCGGAGAAGAAGGCGGUUGCGAUUGGGAUUGUGACGACGGUGAUGAAUGCUUCGUUUAUUUGGACCCCCUACCUUUGGCCCUCCUCCGACGGCCCCCGCUACAUCAUCGCCCUCAGCUCCUCGGCCGCCUUCUCCAUCGCCACCGCCGUGCUCGCCUGGCUCGCCAAGAUCCUCUUCAUGCGCAAGAACAAGGCGCUGCGGGCCGCGGACGCAGAGGUCGAGAAUCUCUAUGUUUAUUAG